AGACAGGGCCACACCUCGCGUCUCUAGGGAAGGCCACAGACCUCAGCUGUACGAGCGGAGCCUGGACUAGAGGAACUUUCCGCAGGACUAGGGGCACACAGCCCCAGGGCCACUACUGUCUGCGAGCCCGAGGCGCAGGGGAGCGCCAGCGGCUGCAGGUACGCUGCGCACCCGCAUUAGGGCCUGGGCGGUGCAGCGGCGGCAGGAGGGUCCUGGGAACCGCAGCCGCCGGGGCCAGUGUGUGAGCCGGCCGGCCCCGGCAAGCCGCAUCCCCCGGCCGCCCCUCGCAGCCCCUUGCUCCCUGGCAGCCGCCGCCGCCCUCAGGCAGCCCAGCCGGGCGCUCGCGGCAGGACCUCCCCGCCUCCCGCCUCGGCCCGGAACAUGGCUGCGAGCCCUGCCGCCACCCUCGCCUGGUCGCUACUGCUCCUCUCCUCAGCCCUGCUCCGCGAAGGCUGCCGAGCGCGCUUCGUCGCCGAGCCGGACUCGGAGGACGACGGAGAGGAGGCGGUGGUUUUCCCGGAGUCGCCCCUGCAGAGCCCCACGGUGCUCGUGGCGGUCCUCGCCCGCAACGCGGCGCACACGCUGCCGCACUUCCUCGGCUGCCUGGAGCGCCUGGACUACCCCAAGAGCAGGAUGGCCAUCUGGGCAGCCACUGAUCACAAUGUGGAUAAUACAACAGAAAUAUUCAGGGAGUGGUUGAAAAAUGUACAGAGACUCUACCACUAUGUGGAGUGGAGGCCUAUGGAUGAACCAGAGUCUUACCCUGAUGAAAUUGGACCAAAGCACUGGCCAACCUCCCGGUUUGCGCAUGUGAUGAAACUACGACAGGCAGCCCUUCGAACUGCGAGGGAAAAAUGGUCAGACUACAUUCUGUUCAUAGAUGUUGACAAUUUCCUGACUAAUCCACAGACCCUCAAUCUACUGAUUGCAGAAAACAAAACUAUUGUGGCCCCCAUGCUGGAGUCUCGGGGCCUGUAUUCUAAUUUCUGGUGCGGAAUCACCCCUAAGGGCUUCUAUAAGAGGACACCAGACUAUGUUCAGAUUCGAGAAUGGAAGAGGACAGGAUGCUUCCCCGUCCCCAUGGUCCACUCCACCUUCCUAAUUGACCUCAGGAAGGAGGCCUCGGACAAGCUGACUUUCUAUCCCCCACACCAGGACUACACCUGGACCUUUGAUGACAUCAUUGUCUUUGCCUUCUCCAGCAGGCAAGCAGGCAUCCAGAUGUACCUCUGCAACAGAGAGCACUAUGGCUACCUGCCCAUCCCCCUGAAGCCCCAUCAGACACUGCAGGAAGACAUCGAGAACCUCAUCCAUGUGCAGAUUGAAGCAAUGAUUGACCGUCCUCCAAUGGAACCCUCCCAGUAUGUCUCAGUUGUCCCUAAAUAUCCAGACAAGAUGGGAUUUGAUGAGAUUUUCAUGAUAAACCUCAAACGCAGAAAGGACAGGCGGGACCGGAUGCUGCGCACACUGUAUGAACAGGAGAUUGAGGUCAAGAUUGUUGAGGCUGUGGAUGGAAAGGCACUCAACACAAGCCAGCUGAAGGCACUGAAUAUUGAAAUGCUGCCUGGCUAUCGAGAUCCCUAUUCCUCCAGGCCUCUAACGAGGGGUGAAAUUGGCUGCUUUCUCAGCCACUACUCAGUCUGGAAAGAGGUAAUUGAUCGAGAGCUAGAAAAGACUCUUGUAAUUGAAGAUGAUGUGCGUUUUGAGCAUCAGUUUAAGAAGAAGCUGAUGAAGCUGAUGGAUGACAUUGACCAGGCUCAGCUGGACUGGGAACUGAUUUAUAUUGGUAGGAAGAGGAUGCAAGUAAAGGAGCCAGAGAAAGCAGUGCCCAAUGUGGCAAACCUGGUCGAAGCCGACUAUUCCUACUGGACCCUGGGCUAUGUCAUCUCUCUGGAAGGAGCACAGAAGCUGGUUGGAGCCAAUCCUUUUGGGAAGAUGCUGCCAGUGGAUGAGUUUCUGCCAAUCAUGUACAACAAGCAUCCUGUAGCCGAGUACAAGGAGUAUUAUGAAUCCAGGGACCUGAAAGCCUUCUCUGCAGAACCCUUGCUCAUCUACCCUACACACUACACAGGCCAGCCGGGGUACCUGAGUGACACGGAGACCUCCACCAUCUGGGACAAUGAGACAGUGGCCACCGACUGGGAUAGGACACAUGCCUGGAAGUCCCGGAAGCAAAGUCGCAUCUACAGCAAUGCCAAGAACACAGAGGCCCUGCCACCGCCAACCUCCCUGGACACUGUGCCUUCAAGGGAUGAGCUAUGAAGGCUCCCUAGGAGUGUGACCCACAUCAGUUCAACAUCCUCUGGUUUUUCUAAAGGGCUAUUUAUCUGUUUUGUUUUUAGUGGUCACAGUCAUCUAACCAAAGUGAUCUAAUGCGAUAGAUUGAAAUUAACAUAUUUUUGACCAUGGAAGGAAAUAAGGAAAUUCAACCCAAAUUUCCCAAGAUGGCUGAAAGACACGUUUUCUGGAAACUGUUAAGAUAAACUGUAAUCCAGACACCUAAUUCUUCAGUUCACUCCCCAUGUGAUACUGAUUCCCACAUUAAGGUUGAACAACAUGGCUCAGAGUCUUGUUCCAGAGAAAGUGAUCACCAAGCUGUCCCAUCAGCAAAUAGGUAGUCAAGGCAGCCAGGCCAACUAGACUUAUUGGUCUAGUUGGUCCAUUUUAUGUGACAGAUGUGACCUUGAAAACUCCAAACCAACUGGACAACCUUCAUUGGUCUAGUUUGUCCGUUUUGUAUGACAUUGAAAACUUGUGUAUGCAACGUUUGGGAGACAGGAAUCAAUCACUUAAAAUCAUAUUUAUUUGGCUUUUUAUUUAAAGGAUUCUGUCACAAGUCUUAUUGAAAAGUAGAUUUUUUUAAAAAAGUCUUAGUCCCUGUUAUCCAGUAGGGAUGGGUAUUUGGGUCUGGCUGAGACUUGGCCUGUGACCAUCAUGGCAGUUGGAGCUCUCAUAUAGAGGUGACCAGUUUGCCAUGUGGAUAUAAUUUAGUAGAUUUGACAGUUUGUGUAGGUAUUUGAGGGAAAAACUCAACGUUUGGCUUUUUUAUUAUGGCCACUUGAGUCAGGAUGCUCUAUUUAUAAAGAUAAAUGUAAUAUAUAAAGGGUGAGGACUGGCUGUGCAUCCUGCCCUGUCCUGGGUUUGCAUGCUGCUACAGAGCUUCAUGCUCUCCGCUCCACCCCUUAGCCUGGGAACCCACCGCAGGUGUGAGUUCUGUGAGUCACUGCUAAGAGACAGAGCACAGUUUCAGGCCAGCAACUAUCCUUGCCAGGGUUUUUUCAUUAUAUUUUGAAUUAUUUAUUUUACAAAAUGGGCGAAGACAUUGUCUUUAGGAUAAGGCAGAGAAACAGAUGUUGCAGACUUCCACCGCACCCGGGGGAGUGGUGGGUGUGGACACACUGGUUCGGCAAUCUGAUUCUCCUGAAUUUCCCAGCCAGGCUCUUGUAGGGAGGCCUGUGGAUGGGGGAUUUGAACUAUUUGGAAACAAAUGAUUCUCUAUCUCAGGUGAGAAACCUGGUCAGAAACAAACAACUGAUUUAGGCCAGCAACCAGGGAAGCUUUUAGAAUCCCGGGCAGACACCCUUUCUCAAAAGAUAACCCCUAAGAGUCCUUUCUGCUUUCUUUACAGAUUGAUUUUAUGUAAAAUGCAGAGUUGGACUACAUGAUUUCUUCCCACUCCACAAUCUGUCAUCCUAGUAUAGAUCAUGGUGGUUUCCAUCAAGUUUAUGUUCUCAUAAACUUGUCUGUAAAUUUUUGUCUCCAGAAAAACCCUCCCAGGCAUCCCAUACCAGCGCCGUUCCUCAUCAGUGUCCGUGCACCAUGCAGCCAUAUAGGGGGGCCGUGCACACCCCAAACCCUGAGCUUCACACUUAACUCAUGGGGAGGGCCCUUCAGAGCAGAGUCCACAGGCGGGUGGUGCUACAUACACAAGCUUAGUAUACGAGUGUAAGAUACACUUUAAGCCAGACACCUAAUUCUUCAGUUCACUGCCCAUGUGAUACUGAUUCCCACAUUAAAGUUGAACAGCAUGGCUCAGAGUCUAGAGAAAGUGAUCACCAAGCUGUCCCAUCAACAAAUAGGUAGUCAAGACAGCCAGGCAGCCUCACCGCCCCAGGUGAGGGGCGGGUCCCCAGUUUAGGACAAUAGGCAGCUUGCCUUCCACCAGACGCCAGCCUCGGCCUUCCUUCCCGACUCACCGUGGGUACCCUUCUACACUGACCAGCAAGCUAGGCCGCUGGAGGAAAGGGAACUCACCCAACUCUAAAUUGUGCCACUUAGACUUAGCUGUCAGUGUGACUUCCUUUCCCACCCCCUCCCCCAGAAAAACAGAAAGCAUCUGGGGAGCGAGUGAAAAUUCCUUAGGUGAUUCCUAAGAUUUCCUUGGGUAUCUGAUUUUUGUUUUCAUAUUUGAGUGUGUGCAUGUGUGCGUGACUUUAAUGAUUUUUUUUAACGGGGUGGGAGGUGGCUGGGGUGCUGGGGUUGAAGGAAGUUUGGGUUGAUUUUUGUGGUGUUUUGUUUAAUAGAGGUUUUUUUUUUUGGUUUUUUUUUUUUCCUGUUCCCGUCAGCCGGUCUGACAGAUUUAAGAACUCUCAUUCUUAAAAGACAUUGGACUUAAAUUCUAGCAUGUUAGACUAGGACUGUUCUACUGUGAAGAAAGUUCUGUCUCCUUUAGCCCAGUUUGUUUCUCCCUGCUCAGGUCUAGAAUCCCAAGCAGUGUUCUUUUCUGGUGAACAUUGUGAGCUGCAGAUGCGACUUUUUUUUUUUAAAGUCAUCUCUUCAGCAAUCCAGAGGUUCCUUGACCUCAUUAUUUGUCGUAUCUCUCCCUUACAGUCCUAAGCCAAGACGUUUGACCUUUGCAGUGUCAUGUGAGGCCGUCAGUAUAGAGGCCUUUGCAUCUGGCCCUGGCACCCGCUCUCUGCCUCUGGAGGCUAAACCCUGUCUGGAUUUCUUUUGGGAUCUAACGUGGGAUCUUCUGGACAGACAACCGUGACAUCAGCAGUGCUGGUGCUGCUGUGUGUGGACUGAACACUUGCACUUUGCAGGGGACACACUGCGUGGUCCCCGCUUGCGGUUCACUCAGGCCUGCUGCAGGAGCUCUGGAGAACAAGAAAGAGCGGACACCCGGCCCCCUGCAUCAUCUGUCUUGCGUGCUAUUUCAGAGUGGGGAAGUGAUAAACUAUUUACCUUCUGGAGCUCUUUGUGAAAAAUUAAAAAAAAAAAAAAACUUAGCUCAAAGAUAUGAUUGUCAAUUGCUUCCGCAGGCACUGAUCAACGGCCAGCGCUGCAGAGAUUCCCAGGUCUGCCCUUGACCAAGGAUGUCGGGGUCAGGGGGAACCAUCACUGCUAUGUGAUCCCCAUGGCAAAUGAGGGGAGGGUGGUUGCUGCCCUUCCUGUGCAGUGAGAGUUGUCUUAAACUGAUGGGUACUGUUAUAUAAGCUGAAAAGGAUUCCAAGGUACAGAAAGAUGGAAGCGAGCCCCCAGUGGGAGGGAGUGGAGGUGUCCAUCUUGCAUUUUGUGCUACAGGUCAGUCUAUCCAUUCAUCAAAAGAUACUGAGAUACUGUGAUACCAGUCCAAGGCCAAAGAGCUUUUUCCUGUGGAAAAAUAACAACAGCAACAAAAAGAAAAUCCUUGUUGAUCUCAGUGUCUGCUUGAAUUUUUAGAUCAAGCUUACCCCAAAUCUCAAACACCAAGCUGUGAACACUGCCUUGCCACAGGCUUUGUGCUGGGCACUGAGACGCUCAGAGGAGUAGGUAAGGUCUCUACUGCUGUGUGGGGCCCACAGUCCAAUGGAGGAGCAACAUAAAGCAGGUGGCUGCCAAACAGGAUGGCUUUAUUUCAGAGAUGAACAAAAUGGGCGGAGGAGGACUGUCAGGGCAGCUCUGCUGGGAAGGUGACAUUUGGGUUGGGUUUUGGAGGAUGAAUUGGAGUUCAGAAGAGGGAGGAGGGUUGGGCACAGUGGGUGGAGAUGGUGUCCAGGCAUUGCCUGGCAGGACUAUGAAAGGGCUUAAGUGGGAUUCAUGGGAACUCGGUAGGGCAGAAGAGUUAGGCAUGCGUUGGGGUUGAUAACAAACAAGACUGAGACACAAUCAUGCUGGCAAGGCAAGUUGGCUGCCUCCCUCUUAGGGCUGUCUCAUCAUAAGCACAGAGCCCAGCGUUUCUGGGAGAAUUCUAAGUUUGGUUACCAUCUUGACAGAUAAUACAGAGGCUUCCAGUAAAAUGUUGAUGUUCAAAACAAGAAAUGUUCCCACUCAGCUACAAAUUUGGAAAUCUUAUGGUUUUUCCCUUAUGAUUGGAGCAAAUCCCUCCUGCUAGUAACUAUAAAAUAAAGAUGCAUCUUCCCAGGAGGCUUUCUAUAAUGUGCUUUUGAGACAUUCUCGCCAGCUAAACAGAGGAAAGAAAUGAUCCAGAAGUGAUCUCCCUGACAGAAGUUAAUUCACUAAGGAGUUAAAUAAUGACAAAGUAAAGUUAAAAUGAGGCUGGCUAUAUGAGAAGAAAAUAGCAUGUAAGGGGUGACACGUUCUGAAAACUAAGAGCAGACAGCUUUGGAAAUAAUUAUCACGCCCACAUGAUGUUUUGUGGUGAUGUUUAUUAUUUCAGGGGAACCUGCUGUCCCUAAAUUAAAUGCAGCUGAGGGAGGAGGGCCAGCAGGAGAGGAGGGGCGUACGAGGGGCUUCCCUGUGAGCCCGCGACCCUAAGUCAGUGUAGGGCAGCUGAGACAAGAACCAAAGUCUGGACAAUGUCCUUUUGUGCCUGCUUGGAGAAGAGAGAAGUAAUGAUGGUAGAUUUUAGUACAUUAUAUUACAAAAGAUUACGUGAAAAAUGGUGCUCCCUCUUAUCCCAGGGACAGAGCAAGAGGAGUUUAGGUGAGCUUUCAGGAAGAAUUGUCAGACACUGGGGUUCCAAGAUAAGUGGUGGAAUGGCUCCAUUAAACUUUGUUGUUGGGCAAAAGAAUGGCUUCCUUUCUGCUCUGUGAAUUACCGAAAUGCCCUAGUAUUUUGCUUCUACCCAUGGAUGUGCUAAUAUGUGAGCUGAUCUUUGUUCAGUAGCCCCUGUGACACCAGCUGUGUUGCUUCCAACCCAAAGCCAUCCAUCCUCCCAUCUGCCCUCAAAAAGAGUGGAAAGAAUGAAGAAUCGUCUCUGAGGAUUGCCUUGUCUUUAUUUUGAAUUUAUGGAGUUUCUUUUUAUGCCCCUCCCUGUAGUUCUCCAGCCUGGCUUCUCUGGAACGAGUGCUUUAGUAAACUUACCAUGUCUGAGCAAUCCUAGGGCCCACAGAGCACUAGCUCUGCCCCCAUGGACCUGGCAAGGCUUUGCUGGGGGUUUCCCAUUCCAGGGGUGGCUGGGUGGAUGUCUGGGCUCUUCCUGGUGGGGGAAUUUGAUUUUCAAAGUGGAGUGGGCAGCUCUCUCUCUCUCUGUUCUUAGAUGCUUGGAAAUUAAUCAGCGACAGUUUCCUCUCCCAAAAGGAAAUGAGAAGUUUGGAACAGACCCCCAGACAGGAGUUGAGUUGUCCAGGCAUUUUGAUGGUGUGGCCUGAAGGGCUUUAACUGCUUUUAAAAAUUGGUAGCAUAAAUUGUGAAGACUUGAAGGGGAUGAUAUUGUUACUCAGGCCUAGCUCAGGGGAGGAAACCAUGAGCAGAGUUGAGUGCAAGGGACAGAGUGGUGCAAGCCUGUUGAGAAUCUGAGGGGAGAGGAAAGAGGCAGCUUCCAGAGCACCACACAUGGAGCAAAGUCCUGCUGCUCAGAGCAGAGUCCGGGAGAGAAGUGCAAGGAGCGGGGAGAAGAGACUAAUGCAAGCCCAUUGCUGGAGACAGUGAUGCCAGUGCACAGGCCAAGAAAGAGGAGAGGGAACCAAUGGGGAAAAUAGUGUGGUAGGAGGGACGCUUCAAAUGGAAGUGGUAACAGCCUUGUCCUUAGAGUUUUAUCCUUUUAAGUCUGCAACUAUGGGAGAGAUUGAGUUGGUGUUGAGUUGAACUGCUUGCAAAGGAACAAGUGAAAUGUCCAGUGCCCCCAAUGCUUGGGGAAGAGCAAUAACUCACAAUCAAGCAUCUCCAUUGUCCCUGGACAGGGCCUCUGGAACCAGAGCCGAGAACCUCUUCCUGUAGGAAAGACACAGGGACUGUGGACAGACACAGGAGGGAGUACCCAGGAGCAGGGAGCAGAGUUUCUGGCGAGAAAAAUCCACCCAAGAAGGUGGGGACUCAUGGGAAUUUCUGCCAGCUCUGUGUGGUGGCCGAUCUCUCAGGCCCCGAGAGGGACACUCCGGCCCAGGGCUGCUUGACAUCAGCCAGCCUCUCCUGUCACAGUCCGUCCAGCGUGAGUGCACACUGCAAAGCCUGCAGGCCGGCCAGGGAGGCUGCACUGGGCCCACAUCCCCGUCUCUGUGAGCCUUUUUUAGACCCCAGCCGUGGAACAAGCUGCAGGAGCCCUGGACGCCCUCCAACUCCAUGAGUCAGUCUCUCCCCAGAGCAGCAGCAGGCUUAGCUUUUCGCAGGGUGCUGUUCCACACAUGGAAGCCCCACCUCUAAGAGUUUCACGUCUGGACCAUUUGGCUCAUCCGGGGAGGAGGUCGGAGGGCUUCUUUGAAGACAUGACUUCCCUUAGGCCAGAAGCUUCUCAGCAAUAACAGCAGCUAACUCUUGUAUCAUGCACCAAAGUGAACCGCACUUUCCCUACGUGUGCUGUGUAGUUUAACACAGCAUGAACCUCAAGAAUCCCUAUCUUUCAGAUAAGACAAAGAGCUAAGGGAAGCAACUUGCCUAAGGUAGUAAGUGGCCUGGGACUCAGACCAAAGCGGUCAGAUCUCACCAAACUGCACCCACUUCCAAGCUGCUGGGGGAUAAUCUGUCUCAUUUCUUGUUUUCUCAGUAACAUUUAAUGUUCUAAUCUCUCGUUCUUGCACUCUGUCUCACCAUACACACACACACACACACAGCCUGAUACAUAAAGCUGGCACUUCUAACCCAUGUCUGUCUCCCCUAUGAAACCUCAUAUACUGAUUAUUCAGCUGGUCAUACUGCAAACUCUCAGAUAACAUAUUGCUGCAGACUUGGAUGUUAGAUACUGAAUAAACGAGGAUCAGAAAUCGAUGUCAAGGGGCAAGCUAACAGUCUCAUUUAGAAUGCUUCUCCCAUUUCAAAACUGGUGCCUUGAUUUUUUUUUUUUUAUGGCAGGAACAAUUCAGAAACAGCUUAAAUCAUUCAGUCUUCUUUUUUUUUUUUUUAACUUGCUGUACUGGUAACCUUUUUCGUUCUUGUGUAAGAAACUGGAACUGUAGCACAUAAUGAUGCUUUGCUAUGAAAUCAUGGUAGGAAUAAAAUGAUUUCUUCUGAGAAGCCUGUGUUAAAGCACUUGGCUACUGAUAGCUGGCUUACAGGGAGGCUGAUCCAGGAGGUCUUAAAACUGGCUCUUCUGAAUGCCACUCAAGCCCCAGUCCCAUCCGCUCCUCCUUUGUUAACUCCUGUCAGUUGGUGCCUUUCCUAGGAGUUUCUCCCGCUGCAGCCACCCCCGGGGAACAUCCGAGACUACAGAUCAGAAAUGGAUUCCAAUCCAGCUGGGGUGCUAACUCACAAUAAUCAUCUUUAUGGCCAUUUCCUCAUCUGUGGGAUGGAAAUGAUGCUCAGGAUAGUAGGUGGCAGUGCUCUGACCCUCAGUAGAAUGUUCCUCAGACACUUCAAAGAACCAACCAGGUGCCCAGCUGACCAAGAUAGUUUGUGGGAAUUCAUGUGACUGGAAGGCUGGGGAUGGAGCCCACAGAUCCCAGGGAUUCUCUCCAGCUCCAUGAGGCUGUGGAAGUGUCUGUCAGGAGAGCCUCCUCCAUUCAGUGCCUGGCCCAGUGUGAUAUGCUCAGAGUGGAGUUGGAUGAUCCAGAGCUCUGUCCCUAAAACUUGGGCAACUUAACUGUUCUGUGUCUCAGCCCCAUAUCUAUAAUACGAGGCCACUGACUACAUGAUUUGUAAGGUGCUUUCAAACUCUUAAGAAAACAUUACAUACAUUAGAUUCCUUGAAAUUUUAAAUAAGAAACUUGCUUCCACAAAUGUUUCUGGGUAGAGAUGUUGAGAAACCACACCCAAUAAUGGUUGCCAAAUUGUGAGUCUAAAAUAAUUAAAUUUGCCUGGCUCCUAUUUGAUCUGUUGGGUUUUGUGUAAAUACUUUACAUUUCCUAGGUUUCUUUUUUUAACCUGACUUAUAACUACAUCUAUAAAGUAGCUCCUAGUGUCAUCAAAGUAGGAACCACAUCAGAAGAAAAUAAAUUGUUGGUGAGUGACUGUCUGUUAAAAAUUAAAAAUAAAUUAGAUCAGCUGGGUGCGGUGGCUCAUGCCUGUAAUCCCAGCACUUUGGGAGGCCAAGGCAGGCAGAUCGCUUUGAGCUCAGGAGUUCGAGACCAGCCUGGGCAUCAUGGCAAGACCCUAUC